AUGUCCUCGAGCGCAUCUCCCAGACGAAGUUCGCGCGUCGCCGCCUCUGCGUUAGCUUCUACUUCUUCUCGUCUGCCAUCUUCCUCUCCCCUCAGUUUCCCUUCGGACGCUGCGGACGACAAUCCCCGACCAACGAAGCGUGCGCGCGCGCAGAGGGGCGAAGUUGUCGCACCUCCAAAACAACCUACCAAACGUCGCACAAAAGACGCUGCGGAAUCCCCGAGACCACAAGACUACGUGCCGCGCGCGGAGAACGCGUGGAAGCUGGGCCCGCAUGUAUCGUCCGCGGGCGGAGUGGAGAACGCGGUCGUGAACGCUGCUGCCGUCGGCGCGAACGCGUUUGGCCUGUUCUUGAAGUCGCAGCGCAAGUGGGAGUCACCCGCGCUGAAGGAGGACUCGGUCGAGAAGUUCAAGGCGCGUAUGAAGACGUUUGGAUACUCCCCUGCGCACGUUCUGCCGCACGAGAGCUACCUUGUCAACCUCGCGAACCCCGAUGGCGUGAAGCGCGAGAAGUCGUACCAGUGCUUCUUGGACGACCUCAAACGGUGUGAGCAACUGGGUCUCGAGUUAUACAACUUCCACCCCGGCUCGACGCUAGGCUCUCCAUUGGAGGACGCCCUUGCGCGUAUAGCCUCAUGCAUCAACCGUGCACACAAGGAGACACAGAGUGUCGUGGUGGUAUUGGAGAACAUGGUAUGUCAAAUCUGCAACGCGGGGUCCUUCUGCUAUUUACGCGUUUACACGCAGGCAGGCUCCGGGAACGUCGUCGGGUCCCGCUUCAUCGAGCUGGGCAAGAUCAUUGAGCAGGUUGAUGACAAGUCUCGAGUAGCUGUAUGCUUGGACACCUGUGAGCACUUUUUUCACGUAUUUGCGCAAAAAUUGCGUUCUCACCACUUCCCCUCAGUGGCCGAGUUCGACCGUGACGUGGGCGCAUCAUACCUGCGCGGCAUGCACCUCAAUGACUCCAAGGGCGCCCUCGCGAGCAAGAAAGACAGACACGAAAACAUCGGCCUGGGCCAUCUUGGUGUUCAAACCUUCGACCGCAUCCUGUCCGACCCGCGCACGCGCGGCAUCCCGCUCAUCCUAGAGACGCCCGCGUACGAUGUCGGGACGUCGGGCGGCGGAAAGGAUAGCUUGGCCAAGGAGGGCAUGGUGGUAUGGCGCACGGAAGUCGCGGUUCUCAACCGGAUCGCGGGGCGGUCGCCCGGGACUCCGACGGAGGACGGCGUCGUGGUCUCGUUGGACGACGAGGAGCUCGAUACGUGCCGUGCGGAGGUGCAAGCCGUCGUCCACGAGGCGAGCAAGUCGCACGACGGCAAAGGGAGGAAGGCGGGGCAGUCUGCCAGCAAACGCGGCGGGAGGAAAGGCAAGCGGCACGCGGAAGACGCGGACGAAGACGUGGACAGCUGCGACGAUUCAUGGUGUGUACUUCGUCGCUUCCUGUAUCCCUCACGCUCAUCGUCCACUGUGCCUAGAAAUCGCACCAAUUACGCCGUCUCCGCCGCGUCCCUGGCACGGCACAGAUCGGUGAGUAUAUAG